GGCGACGUCAGCCUGAGUCGUCACGGACUGCGUGUUCGCAGCAAUGAAUUUCCACCAAACAACUGAACUGUAUUAUAGAUGGCUUCUAUUCUAGUUACCUACCUAGCUUAUUCACAUGCACGUACCUAAAUGUGGCCAGUUCACCUGAUUAUAUAUCUGCCCUAGUUUGUUUGCUCAAGCGGACGAGACGGACAGACAACGAGCGACCUGACCUAGCUGUGGCUUUCAUCCGUAUCUAUCCGUGCCUCAUUCUAUCGCCGUGGUACCCAACCAAAAGAAAAACACAACAUCGUUAUCACCAGCAACCAGCCUCCCCCUAUAUAACUUAAUUCUCUUCUCUCCGCUGUGACUAUUUCGGCAGCUGUGCAACCACUUAGUCUCGCCGAGAACUGAGAUUCUGAGGUGAUACUUGUAACUGGUGGUCAGAGGAAGAAGCUGACCAGACAAAGCGGUACAAAGCUUUCUUCCACCGUCGAGUUUUCAGGCGAUAUCUCAGCAAGGGUCUCCUCCAGAUUCAUCUCUCGCCAUGGCGGAUGGUUCGUGUGGCCCAUCGAACGCCUUCAAGGGCUUAGCUCGUCAUAUUGAGCAAGACCGUUCUCAUCAACAAGAUCGUGUUGCUCCAGGACCGCAACAUCAGGCACAGGGUUUCCGUUCUGCGCCUCUAAACACCAGCAUACCAGACCAGUUUGGGGCUUUUCAGCAACAAAAUGCGGCAUUGCCCCAGCAUCCGCCAGUAGGGUGGAGUGGUCAUGCCCACUCUGCCCAAAUGGCCACUUUCUUUCCACAACAGUCAACCCAGCAACCUCUGAAUAUCGCCACAAAUGCAGGUGCUAGUUGGGUCAGCGAUUUUGAGCGCAUGAGUUUUGCCAGUGCUCCAUCUAACCCAAUCAACGCUCAUCCUACCAUUGGUAGGAUGAUGGGACAACUCGGCACCGCAGGCCCUAUGCAUUAUCAUUCAACCUCGUUUCACCAGGCUUUGACACCUGUGCCGCCUCCUAGCAUGGGUCUCCAUCCCAUCAAUCCCCAACCGCAGGUCUUUCAGAACCGUAACGAAAGUGCCCUCCCUGCUCUUGACGCUCUGGACACUCAAACAGAAGCCAUGCUCGAGAAAGAAUUUGUGGAAGCAAUGGACGAAUGGAUGCGUCAAAAUGGGCCAGGCGCCCUCGAAGAUGAACUGGGUGUACAAGAGAGUGAAAACCUGGCGGCUGAUCUCUAUGCUACCUCCACUCCAUCUGUAGAUACAACCCAAGCCCAUGAGAGUACCGGGGAAGACUCGCCAGAGAACCGAGACGAGUUGGCUCGCGCCGCGCAACAGCUUGUCGAUGCAGUCGCUAACAAUAACUCUGAGAAGUUCAAAAACUCAGACUUUCUGGCGCUAAUGCGUCGCAUUGCAUCCCAAGAACUAGUCGUCCAGGACGGUGAUUUGGUGGAAACACAUCCUAACAAUAACUCGGAAUCCCAGGCAACUACCGCAGCUAUGGCUACAAAUCGAGGUCCAAAAAUGGUGUCCGAAUAGGAUUUACGAGAUAUAAAUUGGCCUCUUUCCCCACCUUAUGAAAGCAGCCAGACCAAACUAGAUGAAGACCUGAAGAAAAGAGAAUGUUUGCCAUAAGGCACCCCACAAGUACUCUUACGAGUAUCUUAAUACCGGAAUUUCUCGAGGUAGCCAUCUAGCACUCUCAGAUAUUCGAAUGAGAGGGCUAAAAAUACCAUGACUAUUCCCAAAUAACCAGCGUUACAUGCGUAAUGGAACAAUAAGUGUACUAUUAGUUCAGCAUAUUCUAAAGUAGUCUCGAAUUUUUUUUCAUCGAGCCAGACAUCGUUAGCGAAACAAUACUAUCCGAAGCGAGGGAAGUGGCGAGAAUGCCGCGGUAUCAAUAUAGGCAUCAAAUCA